AUGGCGAACAGGCAGGGCUACGAUGUGGUCGUCGAUGUAGAUGCUGAGGGAGAUCUCGGCCAUACAGACCUUAACGACGACCUCGAAUUCCACAACUCCACAUUCGACAACAACAACGCCCGCAACAAAAUCCCCUCCGACUCCCAACAAAGCUCCUUCCUGAACCCCUCGCGCCAACCCUCGUCCUCCUCCAAACGCUUCCUCUGGAGCAUCUCCUUCUACCAACAAUUCUUCGACGUCGACACCGACCAGAUCCUCCACCGAUGCCGCAGCACGCUGUACCCGCGCCAAAACUUCCUCGACGUGAUGGAAGGUAACCCGGACCUCUACGGGCCCUUCUGGAUCGCGACCACCGUCGUCGUGAUCCUCUUCCUCACGGGCACGAUCAGUCAAUACCUGGCGGAGAAGGGCAAGGGACACUUUGCGUAUGAUUUCAGACUGCUGUCAGGAGCUGCGGGGUUGGUGUAUGGAUAUUUGAUUUUUGUGCCGUUGGGGCUUUGGGGGGUGCUGAAGUGGUUUGGGAGUGAGAGUGCGAAUCUGCUGGAGUGUUGGAGUUUGUAUGGGUAUGCGAAUUUGAUUUGGAUUCCGGUUGCGAUUGUGAGCUGGAGCCCGUUGACGAUCCUCAACUACGCGUUCGUGGGCGUUGGAUUUGCUUUCUCGGCUGUAUUCUUGUUCAGGAACCUCUACCCGGUCGUCUCUGCCACGGAUGCGAAGACUUCGAGAGUCCUCCUGAUCGUGGUCAUUGCUCUACAUGCCGGACUUGCCAUCGCCAUCAAGAUCCUCUUCUUCGCACACGGCAGCCCGGCCUCGAAGGCAGCGCCCAAGGAACCUGAGGGCCAGGACGGAGAUGCUGCUCAAAUGGUUGCCCGAAUGCUGCUGGGCAUGUAG